AUGGCAUUCGGUGUGGCAUUGAUCGGAGGAGGAAUCUGGGCGAAAGAAGAGCACUUGCCCGCAGUACUGGCCUCGGAGCACUUGGACCUGAAGGCUGUUUAUUCUCGGUCGCUGAGAUCUGCAGAAGAUACUGCCAAGGCCUCGGGGAAGCAGAUUGAGCUAUAUUCCGAGGACUCGAAGCAGGGAUACAAUGAUGUGUUGAACCGGGAGGAUGUCGACGCAGUCAUUAUAGCACUUCCCAUCGCUUCUCAGGCAUCUUAUAUCCGCGCGGCCCUUUCCGCAGGAAAACAUGUAUUGUCGGAGAAGCCCGUGGCCGAGAACGUCGCAGAGGCGGAGGCAUUGAUCAAGUGGUAUCGUGAGGAAAUUGAGCCUCAGAAGAAAGCUACUUGGAGUGUAGCAGAGAAUUUCCGCUACCUCAAUAGCUUUACCUACGCUCGGGAGAAAGUUCAGGGCCUGGGGAAGAUUAUUGGAUUCCGCGUCAAGGUAUACGGAAAUAUCCAGCAAGACGGAAAGUUCUUCAACACUGACUGGAGAAAGGUUCCCACACACCAGGGUGGCUUCCUGCUCGACGGGGGAGUGCACUACACAGCCGGAUUACGCUACCUGCUUGGACCUGAUACCUUCAUCACUCGAUUGUCCGCCUUCACUACUUUGCUCAAGGAGCAUCUGCCUCCUGUUGAUACGGUUGAUGCGAUUCUCAAAGCCAACACUGGAAUUCAAGGUACCUUCCAGUUGUCGAAUGGAACUACCCUGGUCGGCCCCGAAUGGACCAUUGGAUGUGAAAACGGCAGUGUCAGCGUUGAGAAUUCCAAGAUCACCGUGCGAACAUCGGACGGUAAGGAAGAUGUUCAUAACAUCGAGGACGAGCGAACGGGCGUUCCGCCGGAAGUUCGACAAUGGGGGCAGGCUCUUGCAGCUAGCAAGGUUAACCCUGAACAGAGCCCCAGCCAGGCAUUGGCAGACCUUGAGUUGCUCGAAUUGAUGCUUCGUAGUGGAGAAAGUGAAGGGCAACCGCAGACUUGCCACUGUCAACAACCAGCAAACAUUUAA